CCGAAAUAGGCGGAGACUCUACAUUGCGAUUUUGUAUAAUAUCUACUGAUCAGCUUGCUUUGGCGUAACUAUGGAAGAGAUGAGGUAGCCGCCCACGAGCGUGCUAAAAUCCUACUUCAGAUGGAUACAAAAUAUAAAGAAGAUGUAUUUAGGAAGUAUGUACAAUUUCAUGAAUCCAAAUUGGAUACCUCUGAUAAGAAGCAGCGCCCAGUUAGUGAAGAGUACCUGCAAGUGGCAGCUUCAGCCUUACUUUGCCUUCCCAAGAUUGAUCCCUUUUAUAGAUUUCGGUUGAUCAAAUUUUAUGAGAUAGCUGAACAUUCUCUUCGAUCCUUGAAAUCUUCAAGUUUACGUUCACUCCGGAAUGCUUUUGGUGUGCUGGAAUCCGUUGGAGUUAAUCUUUUUCUUUACCCUUGGAAGAAGGAAUUCAAAAAUAUAAAGACCUACACAGGGCCUUUUGUUUAUUAUGUGAAGUCUACGAUACUUGAUGAGGAUAUAAGGCAGAUCCUGAACUCAAUGGGCUAUGUCCAGGAACUUGGAAUGGUGUAUAAGCUCAAAGACCUAGUAGAUACUCUGCAGGUGAAGCGGGUAUCAUUUGAACUGUACUUGGCCAAAAUAGAGUGUGAACAGUUGAUUGAAAUUCAUUUGCAAGUGAAGGAUAAAGGAUAUUCAGAGCUCGACAUUAUAAAUGAGAGAAAAAGUAGCAGUGAUGAUGUCCGAGGCUGCUCAGAUGCUUUGAAGCGCCGUGCAGAAUGCAAAGAGAACCUGAACACUUCCAUGUCACGGAUGGUACUUCAGAAAUCUGCCAGUGAGAGAGGCGCUAAAGAUUACUUCAAACCCAAAGUUACCAAACCCUCGAAAUCAGUGGAUGCCUAUGACAGUUACCUGGAAAAUAAAAAGCCUCCUUUGAUGACUUCCUUAAGUCUCAGAAAAGAACCCAUUUUGGUCGAUACUGAAGACGAUAUCAAAGAUGAAAUAAUUCGCCCGUCUCCCUCUCUCCUUGCCAUGUCAAGUUCUCCACAUGGGUGUUCUGAGGAAUAUUUGCCAGUCUCAUCCCAUGCCAAUGGCAUAUUAAGAACGGGUGUCCCAUACAGUACCUAUUAUUCCCCUCAAGACGAUUUAGAUUUAUAUACUGACCCCGAUUCUCGAAGUAUGUUGAACUUCAAGAGACAGGAGUCUGCUAAACAUGACGUAUGGCUGCUGAGAAAUGAUGCCAACCCUAACUAUCAUAAACGUACACAUCUAACCAAAGAGACUCCUCCCCUUAAGUGCCAAAACUGUGGAUUAUCUUGUGGCACCUCUGUUUGCCAAAAGUGUGACAGUUUGCUCAUUUGUAGGCAGGAGUAUCCAGUGAUGAAGCAGAGCAGCUAUUCCCUCAAAACUCUUUCUGGCGAAGGCAUGUCCUCUGGGUCCACAGCCCGGGAAAAGCCUCAGUACAUGUUACAGACUCAAGAGCGAGCCCCUCCGUUCACUUCCAAAUCCAAGCCUUCAGGCUCUUCCCGCUGUGGCUUUUGCAACCGGUCAGGAGCCACAAACACAUGCACUUUCUGUUCAAAGGUCUCCUGCGAUACUUGCCUCAACGCUUACUACUACGAUCCCUGCUGUCGAAAGAGUGAGCUCCACCGGUUCUUGCCAAACAAUCAGUUAAACUAUAAAUCCAACCAGCUGUCACACCUGGUUUAUAGAUAAUUUCUCCUCCCCCUGAAACUAUACAUAUUUUGGGACAAAAGGGCUAAAAAUACAUACAUGCUGAUGUUGCUGGUAAGAAAUAUCAUCCUACUGACCUCUUGUUAGGAGGCAAGGCAAAAGUAGGACAUGCCCUAGUAUUAGACAAACACAUCUCAAUGUAGGUACCAGUUCUUGAUGUGGCUUCACAACAUGUUGUCUAAACAAUAGUUUCUGCUGCUACUCUUUUAGGUAACUCUCAACUGAACACUGCUCUGUUCCCAUGUAGACGGGGGGAGAGGAGCACUGGGGUUCUUCCCUCCCCCCCCUUUUCAGGAAUAGGCAGGCCUUGCACUCCAGUUUUUGUUUCCCUGAAGAGACAUUGCGCUUCUGUGUUGCAUUGCUGUUACCGCUUCACCUACACAACCCAGCAUCAGAGCAGUAACAAAGAGGAUAGCCAGGAAACUAAGAACAGCGUUUUCAGUGAAUUGUGAAAUUGUCUGUUUGGGCAGUUUGCACAAAAUGUUCAUCAACUUGGUGGAUGGUAGGGAUUGCCAAAAAAGGUUGUGGUGUGUGUGUCUGUUUUGGAAGAGGUUUAGAUGCAUUUCCUGAUCUUCGCGAGGCAAAUUGCCAUGGGAGUCCCAUCUCGUCUUCCCCCAUCCCAUUUUCCUGGAUACCAUGUAACAUCACAAUGGAAACCUAGUAUUUAAGUGUUGCCAAUACAUCCUUCUUGUCUCUACUGUUUUUUAAUAAGUGAAUCUGUGUAUGUUGUGUUAUGCCCGGAGUGGUGCCUUUCCCAAUGAAUCCUGACUGAAUUUUACCUUCUGUUACACAUGUAUCAAAUCCCAUUCUUUCUACUGUAAAUAGACUAUUUGGAAGCAGUUUAUAUUUUAAUAAA